GUUGAUUUCAAACACUUGUCUGGGAUUAUGGAUUCUCAAUCUCAUCCCUCGGCUUCAGAUAAGUUAGCUGCAACUUGUGGUGGACAAGGAAAAAUGAAAAGAAAGAACUCACAUUUGCUUCACAACCUUACUUGGAGUGCCUUCUGUCAAGCAGUAUCUGAAUGCUUGGACCUAGAGUUGGAAGAGGCUUAUUUUGCUAGGGAUUGCAAUAUCUCAAAGAGGCUAAAUGAGUUGCCUCAAGAAAGUGAACGGCCAGUCUUGCCUCAAGAAAGUGAACAGCCCGUCUCUAAUUCUGCCUCAGUGGGAGAGGUUUCUUGCAGAAUAUCAGAUGAAGCUGCUAAUGAUUUCUGUUCAGGAACUAAUGAGAAUUUCUUCAAGUUGGAAGAGGCUUAUUUUGCUGGGGAUUGCAGUAUCUCAAAGAAGUUAAAAUUUCUGAAACGCUGGAUGAAGCAGGUUAGGAAACAUAGUACCUGUAGUCCUAGGAUGGCAGAGAGUACCAUACCAAAUCGGGAUGUUGAAAAACAAAUAAACCACAGGCUAAAUGAGCUGCCUCAAGAAAGUCAACAGCCCGUCUCUAAUUCUGCCUCAAUGGGAGAGGUUUCUUCCAGAAUAUCAGAUGAAGCUGCUAAUGAUUUCUGUUCGGAACGACUUGUAAAUUCAUCUAUCUAUUGGUUAUGCCAAAAGCACAAAAUGGAAAACGGUUUGGAGGGUCAAACCCAUUUUGUGAAAUCAGAUGAUGCUUGUCCUAGCACAGUUGCAGUUGAACUAGCAGACUUUUACAGAAGGAGUCAAAGGUCUUGGCUGCCAUGCACAAAAAGAGGAGUCUAUCCUACCAGGCACCUGUUCUGGGAUUUGGUGAAUCUGCUUCAGUUGAUAUGUUCAUUUUAUUCAUCUUUACGCUUGGUUGUGGGUUUUCUAUUGAUCUUAGAGGUUGGGAGAAUUAUCGAGGAGCUUUUGAAGCAAAAGUUUGUAAAACAGAUUACCUUGCUUUUGGAGUCCAUCCAAUGCCAUCUGGAUGGUGGCUUUUUCGGUGACUGGCAACUAGAUGAUUAUGUGGGAAAAAUCAUAAAGAGCAGGUAUCAUCACACUCUUCUUGAUGUAGUUGAUAGAAUCUAUACGAAAAUGGAUUUGUUUCUGUUUGCUGAGGAUGAAAUCCCCAGCUACCCAUUCAACAGUGAAGAUAGUAAUCAGUCACAGAGAGAAAAGCAAGAGAAAAAUCAGAUGUAUGACAAUUUCAGAUUAAAUGAACCGGUGUUAGUAGAAAGUGAACCACUCCAACAGCAGAAACAUGAUAAGAGAAGCCUCCAAGAGACUAGAGCUGAGGAACAUGCACGUAAGUUACUUGAAGUUAAGAAGAGGAGAGAGAGGGGUAGGAGAUUUUCAUAUUUCACAAGUUCAAUGCCAGAUUUGCAGAGAGUUUGGGCUCCAAAACAGCCAAUGGCAAUGAAACUGAAAUCUGAUCUUCAAAAGCUGUUAAAAAGGAAGGAUUGCGAACGAGAAAGCUAUGACACAGUGUGUGAGAUCCCAGUGACAGCAAGGAAACCAUCAAGUCCUUGUGGAAACAGCAUGGAUGAUGAAUACUGCCAUGACUCUGGGACGCCCUCAUACGGUACUGUGCACAAGGCUUUUUUUCAAGAUGAUUUAUGAAUAAUUGCAGUCAAAGAAAAUUUUUUUCAAGCUGUGCAAAUACUGCCCUGAAUAUAGAACUCCAUGAAAA